AUGAUAUCACGUUUUGUAUUAUUUAGUCCUAUCAUUACUUCAUUAACACAUAAUCCAUCUAAAGAAAUCAAUUUGAAACCACGUCAAUACAGAAAAUUAAAAAAACUGUCAUUUACAUCACUUGAUUGGUCUAUAUUAACAGCACUUGAAAAUGUUCUUGAACCAUUUAAUCAUUCAACAAAAAUGUUUUCAAGUCGUCGACGACCAACUUUAUCCAUCAAUCAAUCUUUUAUCCAUGCCCUACGAACUUU